AUGUGAUGCUAGCAUCGCUAAACUUUCAUCAAAGGUUAGUGUCGGAUGGCAAGACAUCCUGAAACUACAACAGGAAGUGAGCAGGUUACACGCUGAACUGGGGCUAAAGUUGAAAGACAUGGAACUUAAGCUGUCGCAGGAUGUAGGAAAACUAGAGGUGUCACUGUCAGAGAAGUUCAUUUCUCAGAGGAACGCCACGGGGGAUUUACAGAAGGAGAUGCAUGGACUGGAUCUAAAAAUCUCGAGUGGUCUGAGGGAAGUGGAAGAGCAGAUAAUGAGACUGAGGAAGUGGGCAGAGGAGCAGAUGAAAACCACAGCUCAAUCACACACAGAGAGCAGCCAGCAGCUGCACACACUGCUGCGGGACAGAGCGGUUGAAGUGGAAAGCGAGCUAAAGGAGAACAUGGCUCUUCUCUCUAGUCAUCUUGAGAGGUUAGAGGCACAGUUGGAGAAGGUGAGAUCUUCUGACAGGACCAAGCGCUCAGAGAGCAAACUCAGCAGCAAGAUCAACACUUUGGAGCAGUGCUUCAGAGAAGAACUAGAGGAGAUGAGGAGGGAGUACCAAUCAGGGUUCCAUGCGGUUCAUGAUGCCAUUUCCUCUCUGAGACACAUUGGCAACACCAAAGCCAAACUGGACAAAGAAGAGCUGCAACAAGACAUCAGACAGAUCCAGAGAAACAUGGUAGGACCGAAGGAGCCCUGACUGGAUCCUUCUUUUACAAGACAAAUAUGCUGGAAUAUACAACCUGUGUGAGAACAGCAAGUAUGAUUCAGCAGAAUGUGGGCAGAUGGACAAUACAAUCAAAUAAGCUCUACAUUUGUUUUCUAGAUUGAAAAAACAAAAAGGAUUUAGCCAGUUUGCAUGAGGUCAUUCAUUUGCUUUAAAUCUCUUUUUGCUGGACCAGACUUUAAAAUCAGAUUCUGAGUGAACAAUCAUAGUUGAUGAAAUUCAAUCAAGGUACAAUUACGACAAAUCCAAGAUUAGAAGCGCAAUGCUCACGCAGGCUCAAUACUGAAAGAUUAGGAAGAUGAAUUGUUCUGUGUUUGUCCGCACGUCCCCAGGCCAGUAUUGAUUGUAAUAAAUGCUCAAAUAAACAAUAUUGCUUUGUUUUCAUUUAAUUUUUCAAGCCACCAAUACACACUUGCAAACCAAAAAUGCACCCAACAUGAUAAACAAUUAUUAUUUACUGUUUUUCGUAUGUGCUUUAAUAUUUCAGGGACUUAAUAGCAUUCUGCAGUCGACUGUAUAGGUCAGUUCUGCAGAGAUGAGUAAAGUCAGUUAUUUGGAAAUGACAGUGAGGGAAAACAGAGGUUAAUUAGUUCUUCCAGUGCAUCUGUAGGGCAAAGAUAACAAUGCACCACAUAAAAAGCAAUUCAUUUAAAUUCUUGGUUUCUCUGACCAUAAACAGACAAUCUGAAGAGCAGAUAUCCCACUGCUGCACUUUCAAAUGUUUCCAAUAGUGAUUUUGGAUCCGCAGCAGACUCUUUUAAAGUUACAUAACUGCAUUAGCAGAUUAGCUUAUUAUAGUCAGCUGAGCCUUGUGGUAAUACUAAUUAUGGCAAAACUGUCGCUGUGGGGAAGGCACAUAAAAAAAAUCAUGAAUGAUUAAUGUCAUUUUUCAUGUAUUUUCAUUUUUCAACGCUCACGUGAAUGCAAUACAUAGGCUAAUAGCAUAGGCUAAUUCAGCUAUAGCAUAAACUGCAUAAAAGAGCUAAUCGUAUAGAUCAAGUGUCUUUUUAAAUUAGCUUAGCAGAUAUGUCCAUACAUAAAAAAAUUGUCAUGUAAAGACUUCCAGAUUUGUAAAUGCAUUAUUUGGUGAGUAAACUGCUCUGUGUGCAGCUGAAGAUGAAGCAGG